ACCACGCCUCAUCCUCCCCUCAGCCCUCAGAGCUCACAAAAACCUCAAACCACAGCCAGGUCGACCUCCACAGAAAGGCAACAGAGGACAGAGGACGAGGGUGUGAAAAGCAUUAAUGGAGGUCCGCGUCUCCACCGCCGCCGCUUGCUCCGCUCCCUUGUCCAUCGCCCGCGGCCGCCGACCGCCCCCCUCCGUCGCCGUCGUCCGCGGCCCAGCACGAGGCGUGCGCUGCCGCUCGGCCGCGCCUGAUCCGGUACCGUCCGAGGAGCCCUCGUCCGCGUCCGCGUCUACCGUCGUCGCCGUCACUGACAAGCCCGCCGGGGAGGAGAAGGGCGAGGAGGCUGGAGCGGUCUCCGGGGGAAGCAGCGGCGCUGUGGAGGCGACGGUAGCAGAUGCGCCGGCGUCGUCGGGGACGCCCGAGGAGGACGGGAGCGUGGACGACAUACUGAGCAAGUUGGACAUCGAAGUGACACCCACUUAUGUCCUUUUCGGAUCUGGCGCUCUCAUCGCCCUAUUGAUUUUAUCUAAAGUUGUUGCUGCGAUUGAUUCUGUUCCCCUGCUCCCCAAAGUGCUGGAACUCGUAGGAACUGGCUACUCAAUCUGGUUCACCACACGGUAUCUCCUCUUCAAGGAAAGCAGAGAUGAGCUGUUUGCAAAAUUCGAAGAUCUGAAAGAGAGGAUAAUUUGAGCAGGGACAAAUGACGUGUUAGCAUUUGUUUAUGCUAUACAGUCAGCUUGUUGUUAGGCCUUCUUUUCUUCCAACUAUUACUGAAAGAAAGAAAAAGUUGUGUUGUACGCUAAGAUUCCUCUCGUCAGCUGUAAUCAGACAUCUUAAGUUUUGCCACUAGUGUGCUUGCUCAAGCGUCUUUAUUUUUA